AUUUUGUGGAGCUGAAUACAAACAUUGCGUCACACCUCGUGUUUCGUUUAGAAUUGGGACCUGAGUUGUCGUACUACCAUCUUUUUGCCUUUGCAGUAAUAAUCUCCAAUCUAGUUAGCGAUUACAAACCUUUCUUAUUCAAGCUCGUUUAACUUAGUUAUAUCCUGGACUUUGCACAAAUGGUCGCUGACGGCGAAUAUUCCGAUGUACACUUUCUGCAAUCUAAUAUUUCACUUUAUGAGGAUUCUUCUCUAAUAGACACUGGAACCUUAAAAAUAUCUGAGGAAUGUUUUACAUGGGAAGGUACAUCAAAACAAUUCUUUAUUCCUUAUGCACAAAUAACCUUACAUGCUAUUGCCAGGAAUACGGUAGACCAGACUGGAGAUCAUCCCAAUAAUUUGUUUCCUCACCCACAUUUAUUAGUAAUGAUCGACGGAGAUCGUGUAUGGGAUUCAAAUAAUACUGAUAAUUUAUCUGAUACGAAGUCACGGAACGAGCAAGAUGGCAUGCAAAUUGAUGCAGAAGGUUCAGAUGAAGAAAAAGAAGACUCUGAUAGUGACCGCGCUCCAGACUGCCCUGGUUCUACGUCCGUCCUCCGCUUGGUUCCACAAGAUUCUGCACAGCUCGAAGACAUGUAUAAAGCACUAGCCGACUGUCAAGCAUUAAAUCCGGAUCCUGAAGAUGAUAAUUCAGACUUCGAGGGUUUCGCAGAAGAUGAUGAAUAUGAAAUUAAUGAUCAGGGUAUGGAAUUCGAAAACCAUACGAAUAAAGUCCACACCUAUCAUACUGUUCGAAAUUUACACUUCGUUGUUACAAACAUAUUGAUCUAAAAUAAUGUUACACUACAAAAUAUAAAACUAAUGUCAUAAAAUGAUAUCCUGACUUUAAAAAAUCGUGAACUCGCCUAUUUAUCCCGGCUUACCAACAACCUUACAUGUAUACCCAUGUGCUGUCUUCUAAUAACUAGUGAUUACUUCCUUUGAUACUCAUUGGCUAUUUGAGUCAUGCUCUUUUGAAAUAAUGAGUUUUAAUAGCAUAACAAAUAAUUAGACAAAUCUUCAUCGAAUCUCAUUCAUAUGAUUCAUGAUAAUUGUGAAGGUGUUCAUAAUGGAAGAUUCGGUGAACCGGACCAGUUCGCAGAUGCCUAGCACUUUUUUGUAAAUUAAUUGAUGUAUUUUGUAAUUAACGAUUUAAAACAAAUAUAUUUCCCAUUUUAUUGAA